AUGUGACCUACUCUACCCACCAGAUAGUGAAUCCUCUUUAAAAUUACUUAUCACUUGAACUAUUUGUCACUUUAAAACUACACAACAACAAUGGAAUCUAUCAAGGAGUCUCUGGCUGCAAUGACCGACUUAUUCAACAGCCGUAUGAAUGAAUUCCAGCAAGACUUACAGAGGACAACAACACCUGCGACUGUGCCUUCUCUUUCAUCGGAGUUCAAUUCUUUUAAGUCUUUUGUUCUCACUGCACUAAGUGGACUUCAGCGACAAAUUGAGUUUCUCGCCAGGGAAAUGGAUCGGACUGAAAUGCAGAGACGUCGAAAAGUGCUUCUUUUCCAUGGUGUUAGCGAAGAGAGAUCCGAGGAUGCCACUGCUCGCGUUACCAGCCUUGUUGCGGAGCACUUGGCCUUACCAAAUUUUUCUACCAGCAGUAUCAAAUCUUGUCAUCGCUUGGGAAGACCUUUGGACAGCAAGCCCAGACCUAUAGUGGUCAAAUUUACCGAGACUGCUAUUAGGGAUAAGGUCUGGUUCGCCAAAACGAAGUUGAAGGGCACCGGUGUCACAGAGUCAGAGUUCCUGACGAAAAGCCGACACAAUGUGUUUUUGGAGGCCAGGAAGCGGUUCGGCAUCAACAAGUGUUGGACACGAGACGGUUUGAUACACAUUAUCGCCCCAGAUGGAUCUAGACAUCGUGCCGAAUGUUUAUCUGAUCUUGACUCGAUUUCAACUUGUAAGUCCCCAGUCCAAAAAAUUCCCAUCGCAAACACUAGCGAUAAAGUUGUAUUGCAGAGGUCAAAGCGCGUAGUUAAGAAAUAGUUAUUUUAUAUUUAUCUUUCUUCUUAUUAUUGUUUGUUUUUCUAUAAUUUUAAAAUUAUUUCUCUGUCUACCUGCUUUCGAUUUAAUUUUUGUGUUGUGUAAAACUAUUUACGAAUAUAUUUAGUUAAAAGUUAACGUCAUUCUGACGUUUGUCAAUCAGGCGCCAUAGUUUUCUUGCUUUGGAUGGUUAGUUUUUUAGUUCUAUACUAGACAUUUAUAAAGAUCGUCUCUACUUCAUUUUCAUAUUUGAUAUAGAUAGAUAAUAGAUAAAUAUAGAUAUAAUAUAAUAAUAUUCCUUUUUAGUAAAAAUUGUUGUUAUGGCAGCCUGAUAAAUAUCUGAUUUUUUUUUUUUUUUUUGUUAAUGUUAGUUUUUAAUGUUAUUAUUGUUUCUAUUUUGUUAUGUUUGUGUUUAAGUGAUUAUUCCUAGGCAAUUGGCGGGUGAGUGUUCAUAUGAAAUUAAUUAACGUAUAAUUAUUCAUUUACCUAUUUUUAUUUUGUAAUUAUAGAAUUAAUAUAUAUUAUUAUUAUUUUACAUAUAUAUUUUAUAUAUUUAUCUUUAUAUUUUUACUUAUUUUAUUUGCUGAAUAUUUAAUUUAAAAAUGUCUAGAAACAAUGACGAUUUGGACGAAACUUUUCUUUCUUUUUCUUCUGAUGGAUUGAGCAGUAAUGACAGCUUUCAUAGUAUCCCUUCGCUCGGUGAAACUAUAAAUUCUUUAUUCUCAGACUGUCUAAAAUAUUUUAAUGUUAUCCAUAUUAAUGCUCAGAGUAUUCCUGCACAUUAUCCUGAUAUGUUAUCAUCAUUCGAUUGCAAUAAAAUACAUGCUAUCCUCGUAUCUGAGUCCUGGCUUAAACCCUGCUUACCUUCUACUUCCUACUCUCUUCCUGGAUUUCAUUUGAUCCGUAACGACCGUGUAGGUCGGGCAGGUGGUGGAGUGGCGAUCUAUCUCCGUUCUCACAUUCCAUUUUCAAUUAUAAGUCAAUCGACACCUCUGUCCGUUGAAGGGGCUGAACACCUUUUUAUUGAGGUUAUCUUUGGUCAUAUUAAGAUGUUAUUAGGUGUUUACUAUAGUCCUAACCUCACGGUCGAUUACUUUUCAUCAUUUGAAAUCCUUCUAGAGCAAUUUAAACCGUUGUAUGCCCAUACCAUUCUUAUGGGAGAUUUUAAUACAUGUCUCUUAAAAAAUGACCAUCGCUCUAGUCUGUUGAAAUCUGUACUGAAUAGUGCAGAUUUACAAAUCCUACCCCUAUCUGCUACUCAUUCCUUCCCUAACUCUAUCCCUUCUCUUCUCGACUUAAUUUUGGUCUCUUCCGUUGAUCAUGUUGAAAAGCAUGGGCAGUGCUCCGCCCUUGCUUUUUCAUAUCAUGAUCUUCUUUAUCUUUCCUAUAAAAUCAAACCACCCAAAGCAAAAUCGAGAAUUCUUCUGCAGCGUAAUUUUGGUGGAAUGGAUUUGAAUAGUCUGCGGGAGGAUGCUGCCAACAUUGAUUGGAGUGUUAUUUUAAAUGUUGAUACAGUCAAUGAGCAAGUUACAGUUUUUAAUUCCCUAUUAACUCAACUGUAUGAUUUACAUGCACCAAUUCGUCCUGUCCGGCUAAAACACCUUCCUGCACCUUGGCUCACCCCAGAAAUAAAGAAGCUCCAAGUAAGAAAGAAUAUUGCCAAGGCUAAGUAUAGGUGUAAUCCGACUGACACAAAUCGCGACAAGUAUCUGAAGGUUCGCAAUCGCUGCAACAUGCUAUGUAGAGAUAGUCAACGACGCCAUAUCCAUAAAUCUAUAGCUGAGGAAGAGGAGUCAGCUAGAGUCUGGAAAUUUCUCAAGUCCUUAGGAGUUGGAAAAUCAUCUAAAAAUAUAAAUACUCACAAUAUUAAUUUAAAUGAAUUAAAUAAUCAUUUUUCGUCCUCUCAAACUUUCGACACUGCUGUGAAGUCUAAUACUUUAAAAGAAAUUUCUGCUAAAUCAACUUCUGAAAAUUCUCCUUUUUUCUUUAGUCAAUUUACUGAUAGUGAUGUUAAGAAGAACAUUUUAGCAAUAAAUUCUGAUGCUAUUGGUUCGGAUUGCAUUAGUCGUAAGAUGAUCCUCCCAAUCCUAGAUAUCAUAAUUCCUGUAGUCACACAUAUUUUAAACCAAUCCAUUAUCCUUUGUGAAUUCCCUGAAUCCUGGAAAGACGCACAAGUCAUCCCCCUCCCCAAAAAAACAAAUCCUUCAUCUUACACUGAUUAUCGUCCUAUAUCCAUUCUCCCUUUCCUGUCUAAAGUACUUGAGCGCCUUAUUCACAAUCAAUUAAACCAAUACCUUUCAAAAAAUGUCCUAUUGAAUCCUUUACAAUCUGGCUUUCGUCCUGGUCAUAGUACGACUACGGCUCUGAUCAAAAUAACUGAUGACAUUAGAUUAGGAAUGGAUAAUCAACAGGUUACUGUGUUGACAUUAUUAGAUUUUAGUAAUGCUUUCAACACUGUAGACUUUGAUAUUCUUCUUGCUAUUUUGUGUUCUCUUAACAUAUCUGCUAAAGUAAUUGACUGGUUUCAUUCUUACUUGUAUGGGCGCCGGCAACGGAUAAGAGUUCAAGAUUCUUUCUCAGAAUGGGCUCCUAUAACUGCUGGCGUUCCACAAGGUGGCGUGUUGUCUCCCCUCUUGUUUUCGGUCUUUAUAAGUACCAUCACUUCUCAUAUAUCUUCUCUCUAUCACCUGUAUGCAGAUGAUCUUCAGAUCUAUUCACAAAGUAAAAUUGCGAACCUUCCUGAAACUAUACAUUUAGUUAAUAAUGAUUUAUUAAAUAUUUCUAAGUGGUCUACUGCAUUUGGAUUACGAGUAAACCCAAAUAAAACACAGGUGCUGAUUAUUGGUA